AUGGGUGUGUUGGACCUCGAUAUGACAUUGCUUAAAGAUAAACCUGUAGACAUUAAUGAAUAUAGUACUGCAGAACAAGUUGCCCUUUCUGAAUCUUGGAAAAGGUCCAGUAGACUCAGCUUGAUGUUCAUGAAGAUGACCAUUGCAAAGAACAUUAAGACCUCCUUACCUCAAACUGUUAAUGCAUUGGAAUACUUAAAGGCUGUUGAAGAUCGAUUUAGAUCUGCUGACAAGUCACUUGCUGGCACUAUUAUGGCUGAAUUGACAACAAUGAAAUAUGAUGGUAACCGAGGAGUUCAGGAUUACAUCCUCAAUAUGGCUGACAAAGCUGCAAAGCUUAAAACUUUAGGAAUGCAAGUUGAUGAAACUUUUCCCAUGCAGUUUAUUCUCAACUCACUUCCAUCACAGUUCAGCGCAUUCAAAAUUCACUAUAACACCAAUAAAGAAAAGUGGAGUUUGAAUGAGCUGACUAAUAUGUGUGUUCAGGAGGAAGUGAGGUUGGGGGAGGAAGGACGUCAAAUUGCAUUGGCUGUAACUCAUGGAGCUAUAAAGAAAAAGAAGGGAAAAUAUUGA